UAUGGAAUCAUUAUUGUGAGGUAGAAAAUCAAAAAGACAAGGCUAGAUGCAAUUAUUGUCAUUUUAUUUUUUCAGCUGAUCCUAAAAAUGGGACAAGCCAUCUUCACAAACAUGCAAAUAUUUGUAAGGCAAAAAAAUAUAAUGAUAAGAAACAGAAAAUAUUAAUAGGCACCGUGACUUCAAAAGAUGGUGUUCCAUUGAACGAGUUAGUUCCCUAUUCAUUUGAUCAGGAAAGAAGUCGUGAGGACCUUGCAAAGAUGGUAAUUCUACAAGAGAUGCCAUUUACAACAGUUGAACAUCCAGCAUUUCAGACCUUUGUUAGGAACCUUAGACCAGAAUUUCAUAUUGUUUCAAGGACAACAUUGUCUUCUGAUUGCUUUAAAAUUUAUGAAAAGGAAAAAUGAAGACUUGAAGAUUUGUUCAAGAUGAACCGUGGAAGAAUCAGCUUAACAUCGGACAUGUGGACAUCAAAUCAAACAUUGGGAUACAUGUGUCUCACUGCACAUUAUAUCACUAAUGAUUGGAAACUGAAAAAGCAUAUUAUCAAUUUUAAGUUGGUUCCUUCACCACAUACAGGCUUAGUCAUUAGUGAUGCUAUAGCUAACUGUAUUUUAUCUUGGAAUAUUGAGAAAAGGUUGGGUUCAAUCACUCUUGAUAAUUUGUCAGCAAAUACAGUUGUAGCAACAGAACUUCAAAAACAAUUUAAAAAAGAUUUACUUUUGGAUGGUAAAUUCUUUCAUGUGCGUUGCUGUGCACAUAUUCUUAAUUUGAUUGUGAAGGAUGGGUUGAAGGUAGCGGAGGGUGCUAUUCAUAGGAUCCGCGAGGCUGUUAAAUAUAUAAAAUCAUCUCAAGGAAGGUUGGAAUUAUUUAUGGGAAUUGUGAAACAAUUCAAGAUGAAUGGUAAAAAACGGAUAUGCUUAGAUGUACCUACUCGUUGGAAUUCUACAUAUCUCAUGUUAAAUGAUGCUAUACAAUUCAAGGAUGUAUUUAUGCGACUUGUGGCCCGGGAUCCUAAUUUUGAAGGUGCGCCAACUGAGGAAGAUUGGUCUCAAGGCAUCAUUAUUUGUGACUUCUUAAAGGUUUUUCAUCUUAUAACUGAAGUUUUUUCACAAACAAAAAAUCCAACUGCAAAUUUGUAUUUCUAUGAGAUUUGGAGAAUAAAUAUGCUCUUGAUUGAAGAAUCUAGGAGUUCAAAUGCAGUUGUGAUGAUGAUGGCUUUAAAGAUGCAAGAAAAAUUUGACAAGUAUUGGAAGGAAUGCUCUCACAUUCUUGCUGUAGGGGUUGUCCUUGAUCCAAGACAUAAGAUGAAUCUUAUUAGAUAUUGCUUUCAGACAAUCCAUGGUAAUGAUGAUCGUGCUUCAUUUGAGAUCAACAAAGUGCAUGAUGUUCUUCAAACUUUGUAUGAUAAUUAUGCAAUUUUAUAUGGCACAAAUGUCUCUCUUAAUCAAGUGGAUGAGAGGGUGUCUACAUCCCAUGGUGGAAGAGAUGAGAAUCGUUUUAUGCAUGGCUAUAAAGAAUUCAUCCAUGGAGUACAAGUUACCCAACCAUCUAAGUCAGAAUUAGAGACUUAUUUGGAAGAGAAGGUAUUUUACGAUCUCUAAUUUGGAUGCUUACAUUAAAAUAUUAGUCAAUAAUACUAAUAAAAAUGACAUGCCAUUUAAUUUUUUGGAGCAGAUUCAUCCAUUAGAAGAUCAAAAUUUUGACAUUCUACAGUAUUGAAAAUUCAAUGAAUCAAAAUAUCCAAUAUUGUCUAGGAUGGUACGUGAUAUCUUGGCAAUUCCCAUUUCUACCGUUGCAUCUGAGUCUGCCUUUAGCACUGCUGGCAGGGUUUUGGAUGAUUUUCGUAGUAGUCUAUCUCCGAAUACGGUUGAGGUAUUGGUGUGCACACAGGAUUGGCUUCGAGACAGCUUGCCUCAUCUUGCAGAUGAUCCACCUUCUCAUACAAAAUACAAGAUUGAAGAUUACGAAACUGUUGUUGAUAUUAAUAUCGAUGAUUAACUUAUGCUGAUGUAGGUGCAAGCAAAGAGAAAUUUAUGAUUCCAUGUGUUCAAGUUAGAAGGAUGUAUACAUUGCAUGACAAACCUGUUUACAUAACCAGCAAAGACAGCAUAACUUCAAAGCUCCUGCACAAACAUAAAAGUGUACUCAUUGAUGCUUAAACUUUAUAAUUUUAUAGUAUAAUGAUCGUAAACUGAUGUUGCUUCUUUGCUUUAUGCAGGAUGGUGGUAAUCUAUCUUAACUAAUGGGACAAGUCAUCUUCACUGAACAUGAUGUUGAUGUUGAUGUUGAUGUUGAUGUUAAUUGCAUGAUGUUGAUGUUGUGAUGCAUCCUUUUGGAUUGUCAUAUGGGGUAGAAUUUUGCUGUGAUGUAGUAAAUUGUAAUGUUGUGAUCCUAAAACUGUGACCCAGGUUGUAAUGUUGUUGUUUGGAUUGUCCUUUGUCAUAUGGGGUUGAAUUUUACUUUGAAAAAUCCUGUGAUGCUAAUACUGUAACCAGCUUUGAUUAUAAACUUACAUCUUAGUGCAUAGGUGGUGGAAUUGAAGUGUCUAUUGGCCUUUGUCCUGUAUGUCUCAUGUUUACUAGUGGAUAUCAAUAAUUGGAAUGGUUUGAGAAAGAAGUUGUUAUAAUUCUUUAGGUGUUUGACUCCUCCUGACAAGUGUGUUUUUUGUUUCUUCUUUUCUUGAUGCAGACGAAGUGAACCAAGAAGGCUGGAAUUGUUGGCAAAUAUGGUACCAGAUAUGGUGCUAGUUUGCGAAAGCAAAUCAAGAAAAUGGAAGUCUCCCAGCAUGCCAAGUAUUUCUGUGAGUUCUGUGGAAAGGUAUCAUCUCAUCUCUUGCAUUGAGACUAUCUUGUUGUUG